AUGGGCAGCAGGAGCUGGAACUGGGCUCUGGUCUGGGCCUCUGUGGCCUUGUUCACGGUAUGGCCAGCAGAGAGCCAGAGCGAGGUAGAAGAACUGAGCUCAGAACACCCCGAAUUCACAGGAGAUGGUCAGAAAGUGUACAGUGCUUCCACAUCCUCGUCCACCUGGCACAUCACCUUCAUCCCGCCCAUGACUGUCUUCCCGACCAUGAGCCCCGCAAACCUGGCACACAACGGGAGGGUGUGCAGCACAUGGGGUGACUUCCACUACAAGACCUUCGACGGUGACAUGUUCCACUUCCCCGGCCUCUGUAACUAUGUCUUCUCUUCACACUGUGGGGCCACCUAUGAGGACUUCAACAUCCAACUGCGUCGUGGUCUUGAGGGCUCCAGGCCCGUGGUCACUCAUGUGGUCCUCAGGGCCCAGGGGCUGGUGAUUGAGCUGGCCAAUGGCUCUGUCCUGGUGGACGGACAGCAGGUGGAGCUGCCCUACAGCCGUGCAGGUCUUCUGAUGGAGAAGACCAGUGGGUAUGUGAAGCUCAGCAUCCGGCUAGUCCUCACCUUCCUGUGGAAUGAAGACAGUGCUCUGCUGGAGCUGGACUCUAAAUAUACUAACCAGACGUGUGGGCUGUGCGGCGACUUCAAUGGGCUCCCAGGUGUCAACGAGUUCUACGCCCACAACACCAGGCUGACCCCUGUACAGUUUGGAAACCUGCAGAAGCUGGAUGGUCCUACUGAGCAGUGCCAGGACACCCUGCCCUCAGCGGUCAGCAAUUGCACAGAUAGGGAGGACAUCUGCCGCCGCAUCCUGCUUGGCCCUGCCUUUGCCGAGUGCAUUGCCCUGGUAGAUGUCAACAUGUACUUGGAUGCCUGUGUCCAGGAUCUGUGCCGCUGCCCCACAUGCCCAUGCGCCACUUUUGCUGAAUAUUCCCGCCAGUGUGCCCAUGCAGGAGGCCAUCCGCAGAACUGGAGGAGUCCUGAUCUCUGCAACUGGACAUGCCCCUUCAACAUGGAACACCAGGAGUGCAGCUCGCCCUGUGUGGAUACCUGCUCCAACCCCCAACGCUCUCAACUCUGCGAGGAUCACUGCAUGGAUGGCUGCUUCUGUCCCCCAGGCACUGUGCUGGAUGACAUCAGACACUUGGGCUGCCUGCCCCUGGAGCAGUGCCAUUGCACCCGUGGUGGGCACACUUAUGCCCCUGGAGAGUCCUUCAACACCAGUUGCAGCUCCUGCACCUGCUCUGGGGGGUUGUGGCAGUGCCAGGACCUGCCGUGCCCCGGCACCUGCUCUGUGCAAGGUGGGUCCCAUGUCUUCACCUAUGACGAGAAACUCUACAAUGUGCACGGGGACUGCAGCUACGUCCUGUCCAAGAAAUGUGCAGAUAGCGGCUUCACUGUGCUAGUCGAUCUGCGAAAGUGUGGACUGACGGACACUGAGAACUGCCUCAAAGUGGUUACACUCAACCUCAAUAGUGGGGACAUGGUCAUCCGGAUCCAGGCCAACGGUGCUGUGUUCCUGAACUCCAUCUUUACUCAGCUUCCCAUGUCAGCAGCCAACGUCACCAUCUUCAGUCCAUCAUCCUUCUUCAUUGUGGUGCAGACUGGCAUGGGACUGCAGCUGCAGGUGCAGCUGGUGCCCGUCAUGCAGGUGUUUGUCAGGCUGGACCCCUCCUACCAUGGCCAGAUGUGUGGCCUGUGUGGUAACUUCAACCAGAACCAGGCUGAUGACUUCACAGCCCUCAGUGGGGUAGUGGAGGGCACAGGAGCCGCCUUCUCCAACACCUGGAAGACUCAAGCCUCCUGCCCCAAUUCCAAGAACACCUUUGAGGACCCCUGUUCGUACAGCGUGGAGACGGAGAACUAUGCCCAGAAGUGGUGUUCCAUGCUCACUGAAAGCUCAGGAGUCUUCUCGGCCUGCCAUGCCACCGUCAGCCCGGUGCCCUUCUACUCGAACUGCAUGUUUGACACGUGCAACUGUGAAAACAGCGAGGACUGCAUGUGUGCCGCCCUGUCCUCCUAUGUGCAUGCCUGUGCCGCCAAAGGGGUGCUGCUCAGUGGCUGGAGAGACAAUGUCUGCUUCAAGUACAUGAACAACUGUCCCAAAACCAAGAGCUACUCCUAUGCAGUGAGCACUUGCGAGCCUACCUGCCGCUCUCUGAGUGAAGCUGAUGUCACCUGUGGCGUCUCCUUUGUGCCCGUGGAUGGCUGCACCUGCCCUGAAGGCACCUUCCUGAAUGACAAGGGUCACUGUGUGCGUGAUGAGGAGUGCCCCUGCUUCUUCCAUGGAACUGUGGUGGCCGCCAGAGAGUUCGUUAUGGACAAUGGGGUGGUGUGUUCAUGUGAAAAGGGGAAGCUGACCUGUCUUGGAGCCCUGAUGCAGAAGAACACAGAGUGCCAGGCACCUAUGGUAUAUCUAGACUGUAACAAUGCCUCAGUUGGUGACCAAGGAUCUGAAUGCCUCAGAAGCUGCCAAACACUGGAUGUGGAAUGUUUCAGCACACACUGCGUCUCUGGCUGUGUGUGUCCCUCAGGGCUGGUAGCAGACGGGAAUGGGGGCUGCAUUGCUGAGGAGGACUGCCCCUGCGUACACAAUGAGGCCACCUAUAGACCUGGGGAGAGCAUCCGGGUAGACUGCAAUAACUGUACCUGCAAGAACCGCCGGUGGGAGUGCACUGACCAACCUUGUAUGGGUGCAUGUGUGGCCUAUGGGGAUGGCCAUUUUGUUACCUUUGAUGGUGAACGCUACAUCUUUGAAGGCAGCUGCGAGUAUACCUUGGCUCAGGACUACUGCAGAGGCAACACCAGUACUGAUGGGACCUUUCGUAUUAUCACUGAGAAUGUCCCUUGUGGGACCACGGGAACCACAUGUUCCAAGACCAUCAAGAUCUUUGUGGAGAGCUACGAGCUGAUUCUUCAUGAGGGGAACUUCAAGGUGGUAGAGAGAGGGCCAAGUGGGGACCCUCCAUACAAGAUCAGAUACAUGGGCAUUUUUCUGGUCAUUGAGAUCCGCAGUGGGAUAGUCGUGUCCUGGGACAGGAAGACCAGUGUGUUUGUCCGACUGCAGCAGCAUUACAAGGGCAGGGUCUGUGGCCUGUGUGGGAACUUUGACGACAAUGCCAUCAAUGACUUCACCACGCGCAGCCAGUCUGUGGUGAGUGAUGUUCUGGAGUUUGGAAACAGCUGGAAGUUCUCCCCAUCCUGCCCAGAUGCCCCAGUUCCCAAGGACCCUUGCACUGCCAACCCUUACCGCAAGUCCUGGGCCCAGAAAAAGUGCAGCAUCAUCAACAGCGCGACCUUCGCAGCCUGCCACUCCCAGGUUGACUCUACCAAGUACUACGAAGCUUGUGUGCAUGAUGUGUGUGCCUGUGACUCAGGGGGUGACUGCGAGUGUUUCUGCACUGCUGUGGCUGCCUAUGCCCAGGCCUGCCGUGAUGUGGGCGUGUGCUUGUCCUGGAGAACACCAGACAUCUGCCCUCUUUUCUGUGACUACUACAACCCUCAUGGGGAGUGUGAGUGGCAUUACCAGCCCUGUGGAGCCCCCUGUCUGAAGACCUGUCGAAACCCUGCUGGACGCUGCCUUGUUGACCUGCCAGGCCUGGAAGGCUGCUACCCACAAUGCCCACCCAGUCAGCCUUUCUUCAGUGAGGACCAGAUGAAGUGUGUGGCCCAGUGUGGAUGCUAUGAUGAUGAUGGAAACUACCACGAUAUUGGCACACAGGUCCCUACAGCAGAGAACUGCCAGAGUUGUCUCUGCACCCCUGAUGGCCUCAAGUGUGUUCACAACCUUACAGCUUGCAUAUGCACCUAUGAGGGCCGUACCUACCACUACGAUGAUGUUGUCUACAACACCACGGAUGGCCUUGGUGCAUGCUUAGUGGCCAUCUGCAAAGACAAUGGGACAAUCAUACGCACAACAGAAGAGUGCCCUGCAGUCUUGUCUACCACACCGUUCACAUUCACCAAUACUUUGGUACCCCAUACCACAACAGGCUCAGCUCCGACUGCAUCCACUGUGUCCACGGUGUGUGUCCGCGAGGUCUGCCGCUGGUCCAUUUGGUAUGAUGAAAGCCAUCCAGAGCCUGGCACGACAGGUGGGGACUUUGAAACGUUUGAGAACCUGAGGCAGAAAGGGUACCAGGUGUGUCAAAGCCCUGCUGCCAUUGAGUGUCGUGCUGAGAAGUUCCCCAGCAUGGACUUACAGAAGCUGGGACAGAAGGUGAACUGUGACCCAUCCUGGGGGCUGAAAUGUCUUAACAGUGAGCAGAGUCCGCCACUCUGCUACAAUUAUGAGCUAAGGGUUCUGUGCUGUGAUUACGUGCCCUGUAGUUCCACCCUGACCUCAGGCGCAAGCACCACUCAGUCCCGACCAGAGAUCAACAGAGAUACUCAGAGGCCCACUCAGAGUACUCAGACAGCAUCCUCAGUGUCCAAGUCCACACCCUUGUGGACCACAGAAGGGAAAGAGACAUCUCUGGAUACAAUUCACAGCUCAAGACAAACAGUGACCUUCGCCUCAAAAAGAAGGGCCACUUCACAUCAUAUUGGGGCCACAAAAUCAGCCAGCAGCCUUGUCACAUCCAGCGCAACAUCAGUAUUCAACUCACAGACAGGGUCCACUUCAAGAGCCAGCACGGUCACACAGAUAAUCAGCAGCCCCGUGACCUCAACCUCCUGCCAACCCCAAUGUCAGUGGACAGGGUGGCUUGACACAGACUACCCUACAUCUGACAGCGAGGGAGAAGACAUUGAGACAUAUGAGAGGAUCAGGGCCACUGGGGCAGAUAUCUGUGAACAGCCUCAGGGCAUCCAGUGUGUGGCCCAGAACUACCCUGACAUGAGUUUGGACAUGUUGGGUCAGGAAGUGACGUGUGAUGUCAACUUCGGUCUGGUGUGCCGCAACAGGGACCAGAAAGGUGAUUUUGGGAUGUGCUACAAUUACAUGAUCCGGGUGCUGUGCUGCAGUGUGAGCCAUUGCCAGGGACCGACCACCACUGCGGGCUCACCCCCCACACCACGGACUGCCACCACUGCUACCCAGACCCUGUCCUCCAAGCCUUAUCCCAACACCAGUCCAGUUGAGACCUGGUCUCCUUCAGGCUCCACCAGCGUCAAGGGCUCAGAGAUGCCCACCUCUGGGAUCCUAACUGCAAGUGUGUCAUCCCCACCCAGCACUUCUCUGACAGCCACCUCAAAGACCACUCAGCAUCCCAGGAGCCCAGAAUCCUCUGGGACUCCUUCAGUGGUGACAACAAGGUCCACCUCUCAAGGGCACUCCCUACCUCCCAGCAGUCCCCAUGCUACCAGCUCAUUCUCAGCAACAACCUCAAGGACUUCCCUGGCCAGAGGGACAACCUUCUCUACCUCUCUGACCACCCCUGGACCAUCCUAUUCCCCUCCUGGAAGCACCGGCAUGAGCUCAUCCACGGCGGCCUCCACGAGCAGAGCAAUUACACAUUCCAAGACUACCCCAGAGCUCACUGGAGCUCCUUCAGCCAGCACCACAGAACCACUCGGGACACCGACCACGGCCACUUCAGCAGCCAGCACGGUCAGCACACCUGUGACCUCUACCACCUGCCAACCCCAAUGUCUGUGGACAGGGUGGCUUGACACAGACUACCCCACGUCUGACGGCGAGGGAGAAGACAUUGAGACAUAUGAGAGGAUCAGGGCCACUGGGGCAGAUAUCUGUGAACAGCCUCAGGGCAUCCAGUGUGUGGCCCAGAACUACCCUGACAUGAGUUUGGACAUGUUGGGUCAGGAAGUGACGUGUGAUGUCAACUUCGGUCUGGUGUGCCGCAACAGGGACCAGAAAGGUGAUUUUGGGAUGUGCUACAAUUACAUGAUCCGGGUGCUGUGCUGCAGUGUGAGCCAUUGCCAGGGACCGACCACCACUGCAGGCUCACCCCCCACACCACGGACUGCCACCACUGCCAGUUCUAGGUCAAUCACACAUACUUCCUGGCCUGUGUCCAGCAUAUCCACCAUCACCAGCACCACAGAAUCUAUUUCAUCCCCUGGAAAAACCACAAUCCGCACCAUGGCUUCUUCCACAGCCACAACCACACCCAGGGAGACUCAAACCUCAUCAUGGCUAUCCACUGGUCUCUCCCCAGCCCUUACAACUACAAGGACCACUUCCACAGGCUCAAGCAGGCCAACAACCAAACCUGUUUCAACUACCAUAUCCGUCACUCCCAGCACUGCCAAGCUGACAACAAAGUCCUCCUCGUCUACCUCUCUGACCACCCCUGGACCAUCCUAUUCCCCUCCUGGAAGCACCAGCAUGAGUUCAGCCACGGCGGCCUCCACGAGCAGAGCAAUUACACAUUCCAAGACUACCCCAGAGCUCACUGGAGCUCCUUCAGCCAGCACCACAGAACCACUCGGGACACCGACCACGGCCACUUCAGCAGCCAGCACGGUCACACACACGGUCAGCACACCUGUGACCUCUACCACCUGCCAACCCCAAUGUCAGUGGACAGGGUGGCUUGACACAGACUACCCCACGUCUGAUGGCGAGGGAGAAGACAUUGAGACAUAUGAGAGGAUCAGGGCCACUGGGGCAGAUAUCUGUGAACAGCCUCAGGGCAUCCAGUGUGUGGCCCAGAACUACCCUGACAUGAGUUUGGACAUGUUGGGUCAGGAAGUGACGUGUGAUGUCAACUUCGGUCUGGUGUGCCGCAACAGGGACCAGAAAGGUGAUUUUGGGAUGUGUUACAACUACAUGAUCCGGGUGCUGUGCUGCAGUGUGAGCCAUUGCCAGGGACCGACCACCACUGCGGGCUCACCCCCCACACCACGGACUGCCACCACUGCUACCCAGACCCUGUCCUCCAAGCCUUAUCCCAACACCAGUCCAGUUGAGACCUGGUCUCCUUCAGGCUCCACCAGCAUCCAGGGCUCAGAGAUGCCCACCUCUGGGAUCCUAACUGCAAGUGUGUCAUCCCCACCCAGCACUUCUCUGACAGCCACCUCAAAGACCACUCAGCAUCCCAGGAGCCCAGAAUCCUCUGGGACUCCUUCAGUGGUGACAACAAGGUCCACCUCUCAAGGGCACUCCCUACCUCCCAGCAGUCCCCAUGCUACCAGCUCAUUCUCAGCAACAACCUCAAGGACUUCCCUGGCCAGAGGGACAACCUUCUCUACCUCUCUAACCACCCCUGGACCAUCCUAUUCCCCUCCUGGAAGCACCAGCAUGAGCUCAUCCACGGCGGCCUCCACAAGCAGAGCAAUUACACAUUCCAAGACUACCCCAGAGCUCACUGGAGCUCCUUCAGCCAGCACCACAGAACCACUCAGGACACCGACCACGGCCACUUCAGCAGCCAGCACGGUCACACACACGGUCAGCACGCCUGUGACCUCUACCACCUGCCAACCCCAAUGUCAGUGGACAGGGUGGCUUGACACAGACUACCCCACGUCUGACGGCGAGGGAGAAGACAUUGAGACAUAUGAGAGGAUCAGGGCCACUGGGGCAGAUAUCUGUGAACAGCCUCAGGGCAUCCAGUGUGUGGCCCAGAACUACCCUGACAUGAGUUUGGACAUGUUGGGUCAGGAAGUGACGUGUGAUGUCAACUUCGGUCUGGUGUGCCGCAACAGGGACCAGAAAGGUGAUUUUGGGAUGUGCUACAAUUACAUGAUCCGGGUGCUGUGCUGCAGUGUGAGCCAUUGCCAGGGACCGACCACCACUGCGGGCUCACCCCUCACACCACGGACUGCCACCACUGCUACCCAGACCCUGUCCUCCAAGUCUCAGGCCAACACUAGUGUAACUGUGACCAGAACUUACUCGGCUUUCACCACGGUAGCAACAAGCUUCUCAAAAACUCCACCCGCCUCUAGCUACACGGCCACUACUGUUACAUCCUCUACCAGAAGCACCCCACAUGUUUCAAGUGUCACGGAAAGUAGCAGCCCAGGAACGGUCUCCUCUAUCCAUACAACACUCACCAUCAUGCCUAAAACAUUACAGCCAUCGACACCUGCUUUGACAACAAAGCAAACUUCCUCUACUGGAAUCGCGACCAGAAUACUUACUGGUACAGCUGGCACUACCUUUUCAAAACUUCCACCCACAAGCCUAACUACAGUCAUAGAAGAGCUGUCUACCAGUACACCAAGGAUACAGACGCUACCAGAAACCAUGACUACUGCCAGCACCAGCCAGGGCACAACCUACUGCCAGCCCAAGUGUACAUGGACGGAAUGGUUUGAUGUAGACUCACCAACCUCAGGGGUAAUAAGAGGAGACAUAGAGACCUAUGAAAACAUCAGAGCUUCUGGUAAGAAGAUGUGCCAAGCACCAGAAAAGAUUGAGUGCCGGGCAGAGAACUAUCCUGCAGUCAGCAUUGAUAAGGUUGGCCAAGUAGUAAGCUGCAGCCUGGAGACAGGGUUAGUCUGCAAAAAUGAGGACCAGACAGAUGAUUUCAAAAUGUGCUUUAACUAUAAUAUACGUGUGCUUUGCUGUGAUGACUAUAGCCAUUGCCCUAGAACAACGGCUGUUCCACCAACAUCUACCACAAACAAGCCUAAAGCAAGUAAUGAGGUCCCCACCAUGGCCACCAGUUCAUCAACAAGACAAAGACACUCCAUCAAAGCUACCACACCUUCAAAGACUUCAGACAGCCUGACGACCACUGUUAUCCAUACAGGAUCCAUACAUUCCACACACUCAGUCAGCACGCCUGUGACCUCUACCACCUGCCAACCCCAAUGUCAGUGGACAGGGUGGCUUGACACAGACUACCCCACGUCUGACGGCGAGGGAGAAGACAUUGAGACAUAUGAGAGGAUCAGGGCCACUGGGGCAGAUAUCUGUGAACAGCCUCAGGGCAUCCAGUGUGUGGCCCAGAACUACCCUGACAUGAGUUUGGACAUGUUGGGUCAGGAAGUGACGUGUGAUGUCAACUUCGGUCUGGUGUGCCGCAACAGGGACCAGAAAGGCGAUUUUGGGAUGUGCUACAAUUACAUGAUCCGGGUGCUGUGCUGCAGUGUGAGCCAUUGCCAGGGACCGACCACCACUGCAGGCUCACCCCCCACACCACGGACUGCCACCACUGCUACCCAGACCCUGUCCUCCAAGCCUUAUCCCAACACCAGUCCAGUUGAGACCUGGUCUCCUUCAGGCUCCACCAGCAUCCAGGGCUCAGAGAUGCCCACCUCUGGGAUCCUAACUGCAAGUGUGUCAUCCCCACCCAGCACUUCUCUGACAGCCACCUCAAAGACCACUCAGCAUCCCAGGAGCCCAGAAUCCUCUGGGACUCCUUCAGUGGUGACAACAAGGUCCACCUCUCAAGGGCACUCCCUACCUCCCAGCAGUCCCCAUGCUACCAGCUCAUUCUCAGCAACAACCUCAAGGACUUCCCUGGCCAGAGGGACAACCUUCUCUACCUCUCUAACCACCCCUGGACCAUCCUAUUCCCCUCCUGGAAGCACCAGCAUGAGCUCAUCCACGGCGGCCUCCACAAGCAGAGCAAUUACACAUUCCAAGACUACCCCAGAGCUCACUGGAGCUCCUUCAGCCAGCACCACAGAACCACUCAGGACACCGACCACGGCCACUUCAGCAGCCAGCACGGUCACACACAUGGUCAGCACGCCUGUGACCUCUACCACCUGCCAACCCCAAUGUCAGUGGACAGGGUGGCUUGACACAGACUACCCCACGUCUGACGGCGAGGGAGAAGACAUUGAGACAUAUGAGAGGAUCAGGGCCACUGGGGCAGAUAUCUGUGAACAGCCUCAGGGCAUCCAGUGUGUGGCCCAGAACUACCCUGACAUGAGUUUGGACAUGUUGGGUCAGGAAGUGACGUGUGAUGUCAACUUCGGUCUGGUGUGCCGCAACAGGGACCAGAAAGGUGAUUUUGGGAUGUGCUACAAUUACAUGAUCCGGGUGCUGUGCUGCAGUGUGAGCCAUUGCCAGGGACCGACCACCACUGCGGGCUCACCCCCCACACCACGGACUGCCACCACUGGAAGACUCUCUAGUACUGCCAUAAACACUUCUUGGGUUUCUCCUAGUACCCUCAGCCACACUUCAGCUACUUCCACACCCACCAGUACUUCCAAAGAGAAUCAGUCUUCCUCUCUGGCGAGUACUAGGACUACGGUCAUCUCUACUCCACUCUCCAGUUCCACGCGCUGCACUCCUCAAUGUACCUGGUCAGAUUGGCUGGACCAUAGCUCACCCAUCCCUGGGAGUUCUGGAGGGGAAUUUGAGACCUAUGCCAACAUUAGAGCCGCUGGAAUUGCUAUAUGUGAAAAGCCCAUGGACUUAGAAUGUGAUGUUGUUGACCAGCCCCAUGAGCCUCAGCAGGAGUCGAAUCAGGUGAUCAACUGCAGUGUGAACUUUGGUCUGGUGUGCAGGAACCUGGACCAGCCGGGGCCCUUUAGUGUAUGCCUCAACUACCGCAUCCGUGUGCUUUGCUGUGAUGACUAUAGUCACUGCCCUAGUACCUUUUCCAGCACCAGAACGUCAGCACUACCCUGGUCUACCCACACUCCUCUGGUCCCUUUCACAACCACAGUGGCCUCAAGCACUGAGUCCACCUUUCAGACCAAGCAUCCCUUCAGCUCCCCAGUGCCAAGUACCCAAGCAUCCACAUGGACCACACUUACUGACUCGGGCUGUGCACCUCGAUGCACAUGGACAGACUGGUUUGAUGCAGACUUCCCUAACCCUGGCCCCAGAGGCGGGGACUUUGAGGUCUAUGCAGUGCUACGUGAGGUUGGCUUUGUGUUCUGUGAGCAGCCCAAGGACAUCCAGUGCCGCUCUGAGAAGGAGCCAGACAGGCCCCUAGAAACUCUAGAGCAGGUGGUCCAGUGUGAUGUGCGAUUUGGGCUUAUAUGCAAGAAUAUCAACCAAUCGGGGCCUUUGCAAUAUUGUGACAACUACCAUGUGCGCCUCCUCUGCUGUGACAACACCACCCACUGUACCACCCCACCCAUGGCCACCCCCUCCACUCUUCCUUCUCCCUCUACCCUGUUGUCCACUCACACUUCCCCAAUCUCGAACACCAUGACCUCUCCCCGUGUAGCCACGAGCUCCACUGUGCCCCACUCCUCUUCCCUAGUGCCCACUCCCACCUCUCCAGUUCUGACCACCGCAACUUCACCUGGAGCCACGAGCCCUACUGCGGCCUCCUCCUCCACCACAGAGACCACCCACACCCCUGAACUUUCCCCCAGCAGUCAGGUGACCUUCAGCAUGUCUGUUUCUCCCUUGGGCCUCAGUACCGUUAGGUCUACUGUCUUUUCCAGCCAAUCAGUUUCCCCGUCACCCUGUUUCUGCCGGGCAUUUGGACAGCUCUUCUUACCUGGAGAUGUCAUCUACAAUAAGACUGAUGGAGCUGGCUGCCAAUUCUAUGCCACCUGCAACCAAAACUGUGAGCUUGACCGCUUCCAGGGUGCCUGUCCCUCCUCUUCACCUCCAGUGCCCUCUACCCACGUGCUUUUGUCUACCCUGCUUCCUGGCUGUGAUAAUGCCAGCCCUCCCCGGCAGGUGAAUGAGUCCUGGACCUUGGAGAACUGCACAGUGGCUAGGUGCCAGGGAAAUAACCAAAUCAUCCUCGAAGAGCCAGAGCCUGUGGACAAUGUCACCUGUGUCAACAAGCACUUGCCCAUCAAAGUGUGGGACCAGAAGCCUUGCCACUUCCACUAUGAGUGCGAAUGCUUCUGCAGUGGAUGGGGGCAGUCACACUACCUGACAUUUGAUGGCACCUCCUAUACUUUCCUGGACAACUGUACCUCGGUGCUCAUGAGAGAGAUCCACCCUCGCCAUGGCAACCUGAGCAUCCUUGCUCACAGCUACUACUGUGGGGCUACCACCAAUGCCACCUUCUGUCCCCGUGCCCUCAGUGUGAACUACAACUCUAUGGAGAUUGUCCUCACCAUCACCACCACUGGCAGUGGGAAGGAGGAGAGCCUGGUCAUAUGGGACCAAAUGUUGAUAAACUCAGGCUACACUAAGAAUGAUGUGACAGUGUCCUUGAGCGGCACCACCACAAUGAGUGUCAACAUUUCCACCAUUGGCACCAGCAUCACCUUUGAUGGACACAUCUUCCAGAUAUGGUUACCCUACAGAUUCUUCAGCAACAAUACUGAGGGCCAGUGUGGUACCUGCACCAAUAGCCAGACAGAUGAUUGCCGCCGGCCAGAUGGCACCAUAGCUUCCAACUGCCAGGACAUGGCCAAAGACUGGCUGGUUCCCAGGAACAGCAACAACGGCUGCUUAGCUCAGCCUAGCCCUCCCCCAAGCACCACUUCCCAGCCCCCAGUAUCCAGCACAUCCACCUCUACCCCAUGUCCCACUGCACCCCUCUGUGAGCUGAUGCUGAGCCAGGUCUUCGCUGAGUGCCACAGGCUCAUCCCUCCAGAUACCUUCUUCAGUUCCUGUGUCAAUGACCACUGCAAUGCCAAUGUCACUGACAUGCUCUGUCAAAGCCUGGAGGCCUACGCAACACUCUGCCGGGCCCGGGGUGUGUGCGUCAACUGGCGCAAUGCCACUGAAGGGCUAUGUGACCUCUCCUGUCCACCCACUAAGGAAUACAGGCCUUGUGGACCCCUGCAUCCAGCAUCCUGCAGCUCCAGGACCCUGAGUGUUUCAACUGAGAUGCAGGCAGAGGGCUGUUUCUGCCCUGAGAAUCAGCUCCUCUUCAACUCCCGCAUGGACAUCUGUGUGCAGGAGUGUCCCUGCGUGGGACCAGAUGGACUACCCAAGUUUCCAGGAGAACACUGGAUCAGCAACUGCCAGUCCUGCGUGUGCGACCCCAGCGCUGUGUCAGUACAGUGUGAGCCAGUGCAGUGUGAGAGCCAGGAGCUCCCACAGUGCACAAAAGCUGGCUUUGUGACUAUGACCAGGCCCAAGGCUGACAAUCCAUGCUGCUCCGAGACAGUCUGUGUCUGCAAUACAACCACCUGCCCCAAGAGUCUGUCCAAGUGUGAGCCAGGGCACGAGCUGAUCCGCAUCUACGAGGAGGGCAGCUGCUGCCCCAACUCCAUCUGCAGACCCAAGAUGUGCACACACAAUAACACCCUCUAUGGGGUUGGUGCAAACUUCCCAGGGGAUGUUCCCUGCCAAACAUGCACCUGCUUCUCUGUGGGCAAUCAAGAACCAAAAGUAGAGUGUAGAGAGAUCCUUUGUACCACCUUCUGCCCCCAGGGCUUCAAGUACACACUGGUGCCGGGGCAGUGCUGUGGGGAGUGUGUACAGGAUGCCUGCUUCACACCAGAGGGCCAGACAGUGCAGCCCCAUGAAACCUGGGUGAACAGCCAUGUUGACAACUGCACAGUGUACCUCUGUAAGGCUGAGAAUGGAAUCCAUGUACUGACUCCACUCCCCAUGUCCUGCCCUGAUGUGUCCAACUGUAGGGGAACCCUAAGGAAAAUAGGUUGCUGUUACUCCUGUGAAAAAGAAGACUCAAGUACAUGUCAAGUGCGUGUAAGCACAACCAUCCUGCGGCAUAAGGGCUGUGAAACAGAGAUGGCAGUCAAUGUCACCUUCUGCGAGGGUUCCUGCUCUGGAACGUCCAAGUACUCCUUGGAGGUCCAGGCCAUGGAGCAUCAGUGCACCUGCUGUCAGGAGAGCAAGGUCCAUGACGUAGCUGUGGCCAUGCAGUGUCCCAACGGUACAGUCAUCCAGCACACCUAUACCCACGUCGAUGAGUGCAGCUGUGCCCUGGCCUGCAGUUCCCUGCCCAUGGCAUCCAUGAACACUCCCUAAAGCCCAGAGCUAGAA